AUGGCCAGCCUUAAGUCACAUAUCUUGCUUUCGUUUCUGCUACUUUUAUCUUUCAAUGCUGAAGUGAGAGCCAAUUCAGAAGCGGAGGCGCUCCUCGCGUGGAAGUCGACUCUCACGAACCAAUCCGCACUCCAAUCGUGGACAGCCGGCGGGACGAUCGGCCCAAACCUGUCGGCGAGCCCGUGCCAGUGGUUUGGCGUCUCCUGUGACGCGGCGGGCAGCGUAGCAAAGAUACAUCUCCCUGGUGCAAGCCUAGGGGGAAACCUCACAGGCUUGAACUUCUUGUCGUUCGGCAACCUAGUUUCCCUCAACCUCAGCCAAUGCAACCUCACGGGCCCUAUGCCACCUCAAAUCGGCUCGCUUUCGAAGCUGAUGCACCUGAAUCUCUCCAGGAACAUUCUCUCUGGUCGCCUCCCUCCGACGCUAUCAAACCUCACUCGCCUCUCCUUGCUUUAUCUCGGCAAUAACAUGAUAAGCGGCGAACUAGAUCCGUGCCUGUUUUCCAACUGGACCAAGCUCCGGUUCCUGGAACUGCAGAACAACAAUUUCACCGGCAAAAUCCCCUCGGAGAUUGGCCUCCUGACAGAUCUUGUAGAGCUAGCUAUCUGUAACAACCGUCUGAAUGGCUCAAUCCCGCAUGAAAUCGGAAACUUGAAGCAUUUAGAUGCUAUAGCUUUAUACGGAAAUUAUCUCACCGGUCCUAUCCCUGCGUCCAUCGGCAAUCUUACUCGCUUAACAUGGUUGUUCUUGCAGCAGAACCAACUUUCAGGACCUAUUCCUCAGGACAUUGUCAAGUGCGCCAAGCUAGUCCAUUUAUUUUUGUAUGAGAACGACCUCUCGGGUUCGGUACCUCAAGGACUCGCCAACCUUUCAUUCCUAAAGGUGCUUCAUCUCAGCGUGAACAAUCUCUCCGGUCCCUUACCACAAGUAUGCCAGGAGUCUCCUCUCGAAAUAUUCACGGCCGCCUUCAACAGCUUCGCAGGUCCAAUGCCAAGAAGCUUGAGAAAUUGCACGACUCUCAUGCGAGUCCGCCUCGAGAGCAACUUCCUUUCGGGGUAUCUAGACCGAGACUUCGGUGUCUAUCCGAACCUCAACUAUCUUGACUUGAGCGACAAUAAAUUGAGAGGGGUCCUCUCCCCGAACUGGGGGUCAUGCCUGAAGCUGACGCUGCUAAACCUUGCUGGAAAUGAGAUUGGCGGCACGAUUCCGAACGAGCUCGGGAAACUAAGUGUCCUGGGUGUGCUCAAUCUGUCGUCUAACCAUAUUACUGGAUUAAUGCCGGGACAUCUAGGAAACUUAUCCUCUCUGUAUCAGCUGAAUUUAAGAGAGAACAAACUUUCACGUUCGAUCCCGUCUCAACUUGGGCACCUGUUGCGUCUCGAGGACCUUGACCUCUCGUCGAACAAGCUGGGAGGCCCCAUUCCCGAACAACUCUGGAAAUGCUUGAAGCUGCGGAAUCUGGUCCUGGCGAUUAACAAUUUUAGCGGGUCUAUAUCGCCUCAGAUCGGAGACCUAGCACUGCAAGGUUCAUUGAACUUGAGUCAUAACCACCUCACUGGCAAUAUACCUCCACAGAUUGCAAAGUUGUCCGUGGAGCUUUUAGAUCUCUCUCACAACGGGCUGUCCGGCGAAAUCCCUCCAUCCUUUGCCCAGAUGACCAGUUUAACAUCUGUCGAUUUCUCCUACAAUGAACUGGAAGGUCCGAUCCCCGAUGGCGAAGUUUUCCUCCUCUCCGCCCCGACAGCAUUCAGCAACAACAAGAACAUGUGUGGCCCAGUCCGAGGUUUCCAACCUUGCAAUGCUAAGUUACCAGAGAGCACAGUUCAGAAGAAAAGCCGCAAAUUGUGGAUCAUACUAGGCGUUUCUUUAUCAGUCGUUCUAUUCCUCAUUGUAGUAUUGCUCGGAAAAUCCAUCCUAUCCCGCGGGAGAAUGAAAAGCCCGAGUGCAAGAAUCGCUGGGCUGAACAGCAGGAAUGUCUUCUCCGUGCUGAACUAUGACGGGAAAGUCGUCUAUGAGGACAUCGUCAAAGCCACGGAGGGUUUCGACGACAAGUAUUGCAUCGGGGAGGGCGGAAGCGGAAGAGUCUACAGAGCUCUGCUUCCAACAGGACAUGCCUUAGCCAUAAAGAAGAUCAGGUCCUCGGAAGGCGAUGAAAUAGAGCAGAUCACAGCAAGCUUCAUCAAUGAGAUCAAGCUGUUGACGGCGAUACGGCAUCGGAACAUCGUCAAGUUUUAUGGAUUCUGCUCCAGCGGGCUUCACAAGUUCCUUGUGUACGACCUGAUCGAGAGGGGAAGCUUAGCAAGCAUCCUGAAGGACGGCACCGAAGCAGCACGGUUCGACUGGAGGAGGCGAGCGCAGAUCGUGAGGGACACGGCAAGUGCCCUGUGUUACAUGCACAACGAUUGCACGCCGCCUGUGAUUCACCGAGACAUAUCGAGCCGAAACAUUCUGUUGAACACAGACUACGAAGCUUUUCUCUCCGACUUCGGCAUCUCUAGGAUUUUAAAGCCCGAUUCGCGCAAUUGGACGGCCGUGGCAGGCACAUACGGUUAUGUUGCUCCAGAGCUCGCAUACACAAUGAGGUUGACCGAGAAAUGCGAUGUCUAUAGCUUCGGCGUCCUGGCACUCGAAGUGAUGAUAGGAAAACACCCGGCGGAGCUCGGUUUAUCUCUGAAUUCCCUCCAAUCGGAGCCCGGCAUGGAGCUACAGGAUCUGUUAGAUGCACGUCUUCCACCUCCGGCGGAUCGUGUCGCCAUGGAUGAAGUGAAAGCGAUAGUGAAGCAAGCAUGUUCAUGUGUAGAUGCUGAUCCAAAUCGCAGGCCAACCAUGAGAGAGGUGUCACGGGCGCUCCUCGAAAUUUAG